GGGGGCGGGGCGAAGAGACGAUCGCCGGAGCGCGUGCGAAGCGUUGCGCCGGGGAAGCGUGCUGUCGUCGUCACGUCGCCGUCGGGUGAAAGGUCGAGCUGAGGCGGGGGCGGCGUUGUGCGCAGGCGCGCGCGGGAGCUCGGAGCGGCCUGAGGCUCAUGUGGAGCGGCGGCGGCGGCGAGAGCAGGAGCAGCAGGAGCAGCGGCAGAACCGCCGCUGCUGGACCCCGCGGCCCCCGGCAGCAGCAGCUAUGAAGGGGUGAGUGCGGGACCGGCGGCGGCCGCCAAGCCCUUUCCCUCCCCUUUCCUUCCCGCCUCCCGGCCCAGCCGCCCAGCCCGGUCUCCUCAGGCGCCUCCAGGGUCGCUUUUCCCCUCAGGUUUCCCCCCCGGGGCGGCGGGUCUUUGUUUCCCGCGCUUCUUUCCGGGGGGGGGGGAGUAGAGGCGAAGCGGCCCCUCCGGAUUAUUCUCCGUUUCCUCCGGAGAGGAUGCGGUUCUGUUCCGAGGGAGGGAGGGAGCGGCUCGGACUUGGCGGGUUCUGGGUUCAAGGUGCGCCAUAAGGUUGCGGGGAGAGGGAGCCGGGCCUGAUUUCCGCGAAUGCGCCAGCAGGUUGUUGUUUCUCCCUUUCCACACCCAACUUUAUCUUCAUUUUUUUUAAUAAUAUUUUUUAUUGCUUUUACACAGUUUUUUUACAUUUUAACUUUAACCAUUCCAAGCAUUAAAACAAAUGGUUCUUUCCAUAGCUAAUUCCACAUUCCAAGUGUCAUUACAUCCCUGCCAAUGAUUUUAACUGUUUACAGUGGUCUUUUAAAUAAAUGAAGAAUUUAUUCCAGUCCUUUAAAAAUCCUUGAUCUUCCUGGUUUCUGAUCUUCCCCGCCAGUUUUCCCAUCUCUGCAUAGUCCAUCAGUUUCGUCUGCCCUUCUUCUUUUGUUGGCACCCACCCCAACUUUUUUUAAAAAAUAUUUUUUACUGGUUUUACACAAUUUUUUACAUUUUAACUUAAACCAUUUCAAACCUUAAAAUAAAAGGUUCUUUUGAACCUUUGGACCUCCUUCCCUCCCUCCAUGGGUUCCAUAUUUAAGAUUACAUAAUUUUUUUGCAUCUUUUACCGUUAUCCAUCUGUUAUAGUUACCUUUAAAAAUACUUGAUCUUCCUGGUUUCUGAUUUUCCCCGUCAGUUUCACAAUUUCUGCAUAGUCCAUCAGUUUCGUCUCCCACCCCAAUUUUAACUGUGCCAAGGAGGAGGUCGCAGGGUUGAAAUAAAUUCAGGACGUUUUUUGCUUUCUUUUUUAAGCAACAGCAACCCUUAACGCACAUAAAUAUUUUGUCUGUGUAGUAAAUCAACAUUUUGUGUUGUGUUGUGUUGUGUUGUGCCUGCUUUUAAAAGAGGUAGAUUUGCCUCAACAUCUAGUCAGCCUAAAGGGGGGUGUGUGGAAGAUGCAUGUAUGUAACAAAACAAACAACUCCCCCCAAAAGUUGCAGGUUAGGGCUAGAAGUGAGUCCUCUGAAAAGACUGGUUAAACUUUCCCCCCUUUUCCCCUUUUUGGAAACAUUUUACUUGAUUUUACAGAUAUAACUUUUUUACAAUAUCACAAAUAUACUCAAAAUACAAGAUUCCCCUGAAUUUCAGACUCUCCCCCCCCCCUUUCCUUCCAUGGGUCUUUAUGUUGUCCUUUUCAACUGCAUGUAUUUCAUCACCUAUAUUUUAAAUCUAUUUUCAUUAUCCAAAGUUUUUGUUACAUUACAAGUGGCGUUAAAAACCUGCUAAUGUUUUCAUUUGUUUACAUGGUCUCUCAGAUAAAGUGUUAAUUUCUCCCAUUCUUUUUUGAAACUUUCAUCUACUUGGUUUCUAAUUUCUUCCAGUCAUUUUUGCUAGUUCUGCAUAUUCCCGCAGUUUAGUUUGCCAUUCUUCUCUGGUAGGGACUUUGUCUUCUUUCCAUCUUUGGUUAAACUUAAAACAACUGGAGAACUGUUCCAGGCAUCAGGGCAUCCUGGCGCUGCUGAAGUAACAUCUUGGAUUCGAAAUGACUGUUUUAUUGGAUGUGUAAUAGAGAAAAAUAGCUACUCUUGCUUACAGAAGAAGAGAUUCCUACUGUGUGCAAGCCAAAGGGUGGGCUGCUUUUGGUGGAACAUUUGAAAUACUGAGUUUUAAUAUACUUCUGAUGGCAACCCAUAUAAUGUAUGGGCUUAUGUGUUUGGGUGUUCGUUUAAAACUACCACAGCUCUUUCAGAACUGAGCGCAUGCUAGUAUGAUUGUGAGAUGUGACCCUAAUGUAACUCAAAUAGUGGUGUCACUGUGUUGGUACAAAUCCUCUAGCUUUGGAUACCAGUUGACUACUGACCUUUUACACAUGUAAUAGAUAUUGUAACUGGGCUUAUUAAUACCAGGCUUGAGCUGUAUCUUUGUUUUGGAAGAGACUGUAAGAAUAGUUUUUGAUAGAACAUCUCAGUAUCGCCUAAAAUCCCAGAGGCCACAAAGAGUGAGCCGUGGUCCCCAAACAGCCAUGUCAGUAAGCUGGAAAGGGGCUUAUUUGCUCUCCCUCCAGUAACACAGAGGUAUAAGGCAAGGAGAGUAAAUCCUCAAAACCCACUACCACAAUAGGCAUAAUGCUAGCAUAGGGCUUGCUGGGUCCCAAAAGGACAUCCCCUUUGGAUAGGCUCUCUUCAAAAGUGGUCUGCCAUUUCCCCCUACCUAAAAGUCUCUCUUUUGUGGCAAACAAGCAAGUCAUGGUGUGGAUCAGGGGUAAGCAACCUAAGGCCCAUGGGCCACAAGCAGACCACAGGGGUCAUUUAACCGGCCCACGAGCCGCCCACUUGGCGAGUCCCCAUAUGCUGCACUAAACCGGUGCAGCGCGGUGCAGGGACUCGCUUCCGUGAUGCCGGAAAUUGUGUCUGCGUAGAUGCAGACACCGGAAAUCGUGGCCACGCGCACUCACGCGUGCGCGAUCCAGCCUGUGGAAGGAUCUCCACUGAAGGGAACCGGCCCAGGUGAGGUAAACCUUGCCGACCCCUGGUGUGGAUGGUACGCUGACUAGACCAGAUCCGUCAGUAGCUUGAAAAACUGCAAGACUCCUUACUUAGAGCCUUAAAAUCAGCUGGGGGAGCUGUAUUUAAUGGCCAGAACUUGGAUGAAAAAUAGAUGAAAUAUUGAAGGAGGGUUGAAUACACAUUGAAACAUGAAGGUGCUUUUGCUUUCACCAUGGUUGCCAUAAAGCCAAAAAGAUCACUAACAUUAUAGUUUUGGAGAGAGUUCUUGAAAAGCAGAAGUUUUUAAAAAAUGUUCUCCAUGGAAGCUUGAUUUCAAAAUGAACUGAGGAAGGUUUGGCUAUCAAUUAAAAAAAUGUGCUUGGAAAUAACUUUAAAAACUGCGUUAAAAACCUACAACAGGGUAACUGUUUAUUUACUUUAUCAUUUGCUUUUUCAUCAGAGUAUUCAAGGGAGUUUACAAGCUACAGUUAAAAUCAAUUUUAAAACCUUAAUAUUUCCCUUGCCAAGUUAAGUCCCACACAGGAUUUGUUCAGAGAAUACAGAAUAUCUAACCAUCACUCGUUACAAAGAAUCUAAUGAUUGUUUAAUAUAUGAUGUUUCCUUGGUGGAAGACAAGACCAAACAUAUAUGUAUCAUGUAUAAAUACAUUACAUUUACAGAAAUUACAUGAGUUAAUUUACCAUUUACAUGAAAUGCCCUGUGUUGGGUUGACAGGCUUUGCCAAGUCGCCAGCAUUUUCAGAUUACAACUGAAAUCCAUCAAAAGGGUGGUUAUUCACAGCCUAUGUAUGUUGUAUAAUUGGAUUCUGACCCACGUCUGCUGGAAUUGCAAGAUAAUUCAUUUACUGAAUUCCUGCCACCUGCAACUCUGGUUGAUGCAGUGAGGUCAGUGCAUCUGCCCUGUAGGGUGACAUCAUGGAGGCAUUUUGCCAUUUGCUGUGGAUUAGCACAGAUGGUGAACAUGGUGUUAGAAGCCUGCUGCUCUAUGGAUUCAGGGGAGUUGGUCUCGCCAUGCGUACUAAAAGAGUGACCUGGAGAUAAGUUCAGUUUCAGUUGAUGCCAAUUUGCUUCUGAGAGCAUAAAAGAUCCUAACUGAACUACAGUCAUACCUUGGUUUUCAAACAUCUUAGUUCUCGAAAGUUUUGGCUUCCAAACGCCGCAAACCUAGAAGUGACUGUUUCGGUUUGCGAACUAUUUUGAGAAGCCGAUGGGGCUUCUGCAGCUUCCAGUUGGCUGCAGAAAGCUUUCUGCAGCCAAUCAGAAGCCAUGCUUUGGUUUCCGAACAUUUUGGAAGUUGAACGGAUUUCCGGAACAGAUUCCAUUUGACUUCCAAGGUAUGACUGUAUAUUGAUGUUACACAGAUGUUAGCAGCUACUAUUGUAGCACCAUAGGUUUGCUUUAGAGUUGGCCUUUCCUUAGGCUCUGAUGAGCAAUAGCAAACUUCCUUGACUGUGCAUUGUGCUAGUAGUCGGUGAGUGUCAUGAAGGUCUGUUAUUAUGCAUUAUUUUUCUAAUCCCAGGCUCUCUUUUGGUGGUCCUGCAGUUUUGCUCUAUAAUUCUUGAAAGAGGUUUUGGUGUUCUUUUCUGUUCUGAUCUAUCCUUAUUACACUCAGAUAUUGUCUUUUGACUUGGCGUUGAUGGAAAUUUUUGGCAGGAUCUUAGUGGGUUGUAGACUGAUCUGAGUCAGAACAAUAGUACCAGUAUACAACAGAUAUAUGGUAAAAUAUUAAGAAAUUGGCCCGCAAAUGCAUGUUUAAGUUAAAUGCAAGGCUGGAUCUGAAAGGCUGAAGACUGCUGGUUUAAAAGAAGGCAAUGCUAAAUCAGAUGCUUUAUGCAUGCAGAGGGUCUCAUGUUCAAUCCCUGAUAUAUUCAGGUAGGGCUGGGGAAGGCUUUUGUCUGAACCCCUCAAGAGCCACUUCCAGUCAGAGUAGACAUUUGCACUUGAUGGACUAACAGUAUGAUUCAGUAUAAAGAAGCUUCCUCUACUUUAUCAGUAAAUGUGCACAGUAUUCAGUGUUUUAAGUGUAAAACGCAUUGAUAAAAUUCAGAAGACCCUUUAUACAACCGUAGAGUAUACUAUAAAUUAAACAUUUAACUCCAAAAUCCAUGGUUGUGUAAUACAUUUUUUAAGCACAACGAAGUGUCACAAAAUAGUGCUCAAAUGUUUGAUUUCUCCAGAAAUCUUCUGCAGGGAUUGGGAGUAUGUGAGUACAGGGUGGGGGAUUAGACAUUGAAGCCUUGCUCUCAGACUUAGUCGGAUGAUGAAAAUUGCAGGCUGAUUUAAUCUCUGCUAGGUGUUUGCAGGUAUCUGGUUAUGUCUAGGAUUCUGUGAUAAAGAAAGAAUGGCUAAUCCCAAUUUUUAAAAAUUAUUUUCAGUAUGCAAAAGCAAAACAACAUAAUGAACUAUCAUUUGCAACUGACACUCAAUGGAGAAUUGCUGAUCCUUUAAAAAAUAUAUAUAUAUAGGCUAACCGUUACCCAUAUUUCUCAUGCUUCUAGUGACACAGGCUCCUGGCUGGGUGGAAAGCAGAUGUAAAGAGCAGUCUGGUGGUCAUUAUAUUGACAAUGCUGUUGAAUGAUUUUAUGUGGUGGUGGUGUGGGUAAGAGUCAGAUGAAGUCAAAUUGUUUCCUAGUACCUGGAGAGCAUGUAACUAUCAAAAUGCAAAGUCCCUGCAUAUUUUGCUUUCCCUGGUCCACCUAGGGGCAUUCUUCUGCUAGCAAUACCAUCUUCCCAGAGCUUCAGUGGCUUUUAGAGACACCUCCUUUUCUUGGGGUUUUUUCUGAUACCACUGUCUCACCAGUUUUCCUACUCCUCUCAAAGUCUGUGGUGCUAAAGUAUUGUGGGAGGCAGAUGUUUGGAGUCUUUCCCCUUGUCUACCAGGUGUUUCUGCUGCCAAUACUUCUGCCGCUUUUCUGGCAGCAGAAGUUUUCUAUUUCAAAAGUUUGCAGUGCUUUAAAGUAAAGAACGUGCUAUCAAAGUAACAGGCCCAACUUGUGCAGUCCAAAGUUUUCUAGAGAUGGAGGGGACAACUGGAAAAUUAGCAGAGAAAGUUUGAAUCUUAGACAUGCAAGAACACUACUGGGGCCACUUUCUUACAGAGUAAGGCUUAAAACUUUCCCAAAAGAAAUGACAGAUAGGUUGUGGAUACAUGAGUUUAUUUCCAUGAUGGUGUAAAUCAAAUGUGCAUGUGGUCCGUUUUGGUAACCGGCUAUAAAUAUAUUGAGAAGUGAGCAGAGCUGGGAGCUGUGAUAUUGCUGUGUUAAGGUGGCGGCUUAGAUCCCUGUCUUGGUUUAUUUUUGCUAAUUACUUUUUAAAGAACUGGCUCAUCAUUCACAAGUAGACAGCAUUCUGUGGCUUCACCCAAGUCGUGGCUGAAGCAAAGAGUUACAGUCCAGCAGCGGGGAAUUAAAGGUUUUUCAUGCUCAGGGGGCAACUUCACUGACAAGGAAGGCAGCCUCAUAAUGGUCGCAAAGCUUCCAAAAUCAGGCAGCCACGAGGCACUGAGAGUGAUUCAGACAAAUCAGCUUACACCAUGGUUAAUAUGGGGGAAUUUGCCAGCUUCUUAAAUGUAUGGUAGGGUGAAGCAAUACAGAUUUCAUACUGUUCUAUCAUUGUUGACUUUAGCAAGGACAAGACUGCCAGAAUUGCCACUGGCAUCAGCAAGUACCGGUAGUUGCUGUUGCUCUAGACAGCCAGAAUCUGAAUAGACAUAACCAUAUUAUAAAAAUGGUAUCUUUUCAAGGGUCUGAAUUUAUAUUCCCUUCCUCCCACCCAUUCCUUUUUACUCAUGUGUUAUGUCUUUUUCAAUUGUGAGCCUGAGUCUUAGUACUGAUUUUUGAAAGCUGAACUGAAAGCCUUUUUGGCUAACAGGUGGACUCUGUCUUAAAUAAAUAGAAAUACCUCCUAUGUACUGCCACAGUGUGCAAAUAACUUCCUGGUUCUUUGUUUAGGAAAGCAGAUUGUUAAUUUGCUCUCACAGUGUGUUAAAAGUCUGUACAUGGUGACAUUUCCAACUGGCCAAUAAAACAUUAUUUCUCCUCUUUGGAGUUACUCUCUUUCUAAUAAGAGGAAUGUCUGGCACUUAAAAAUGCAUUGUUUUUAAGACAGCUGUAUAAUUUGACUGUAAAAUCAAGAUAAAUCAUAUACAUUCCCAGUUCAGCCCCCUCAGUACAUAACAGACAGAACUGCAGCUUCAGAAAGAUUACUACAAUUUCUCACUUAUUUAGAAACACAUAGACAAGCAACUCAAAAGAACUUGACUAAUCUAAAACCUUUUGCAAAGUUGUUAUUAGUGGCUGGAGCAUGAGUUUAUGCAUAGAUGCUUUUUCAGUUAUUGCCUACUUUUCUUAGUCUGCAAUAAGCAACUACAAGUUUUAUUUAUAUAUUAAAAGGUGUUCCUUUCAAAACACUCCAAGACUUAAGUGAAUAGGGUUUUUUUUAUUAAAAAAACACCUGCAAAUAAUGACUCUCCCCCCCUCUUUCUCUCACACACACAAAGACACUCGCAUAGAAUAGAAAUCUGAAAUUGCACUUAAAAUCUGAAAAGCAUCAAAGAAAGCAGUAUAAAGUUCUUUGUAAGUUCUUUCUUAAGACACAGCUGUAGCUAGCCUUGAGAUUCUUUGACUAUAUUUCUCAUUUCAUAUCUCCUGAUAUAACCAGUUUUCUAAGUGCUUAAUAUGAGCAAGCCUGUUAAUGUUUUCAACCUCUGCUAUUCUGUCAUUGCAUUUGGAUUCAGUCCCUGAGAGCUCAACACAGCUACUUCUCAGUUGUCUCAUACAAUAAUAAUAAAUAGUAAUAAUAUUUGCCAGGUCAAGUAUUAUCCCUCUCAGUGAAGUCCGUGAUUGGAUAGGAAACUGACCCCCCCCCCCUUUCUUGUCCAGUUUGGAAUGGCAGGGCUUUCAUUGCAGAGUUAAACCUUGCAGUGGUGCAGCACAUCUCAAGUAAUGUAUGAGCCCCAUGUGAGAGCAGAAGUCAGGUGAUUAGACCCACAGUAUGGACUCUCUCUGGCCCUCUGCCCUAGCACAUAGGAAAUAGCCAUGUGCCAGACACGUUUUACUGCUGGCGUGGGUCUAAUUGUGACCACAUGGACAGUGUUCAAAACUCCCAUUGUUCUAGGAGCGUUUUGUGACAGGGAAUUUCAUAAAUGUGAGCAGUUUCUGAGCUCUGGGCGCAGUACUGCGCCUAAGAUUUCAGACUAAAGCCGAUGCUGAGGGUGUUGGAGGAGAACUUUCUCCCCGCUAGACUUCCAAUAGAUCUUGGGGGCAUCUUGUACAGUUGUACCUUGGAAGUCAAACAAAAUCCAUUCCAGAAGUCCAUUUGACUUCCAAAACAUUCGAAAUCCAAAGCGUGGCUUCUGAUUGGCUGCAGGAAGCUCCUGCAGUCAAUCAGAAGCUGCAGAAUCCCCGUCGGACGUUGGGCUUCCAAAAAUAGUUCGCCAACUGGAACAGUCACUUCCAGGUUUGGGAGACAAAAUAUUCGAGAACUAAGCUGUUGGAAAACCAAGGUAUGAUUGUACUUGGAAAAAUACAGUAAGUCUUAGGUUUGCAAACUGGACACUCAAGAUGGGUGUCUCUGCCAUCAGUAUAGGCCUUUAAUAUGUAUUAAUUGUGGUGCCAAAAAGAUAUAUUUAUAUGAAGGAAAGGGGGUGUUGGGAGAAUCCAGGGCUUGUCUGCCGAGUGGAAGGAAAGGAGGACCUUUUUCUGCCUCCCCACUUCCAGCCACUCUCUGUCCCUGAGACCCUGACUCCUUUUGGGGGUGUUAACUUUCUUAAUGUGAACAAUAAACUAUGGCUGUAUGUGGUUUCACUGUUAGAAAUGUGUUUUGGGUAAUGGCUUAUUAUAUGUGAAAAUGUAUUCUAUCUUAUGUAUGUUCCUGCUUUCUUGUUCUGUUGUCUUGUUUAUAUGUUUGACUGAGCCUUGUAAUGUGAACUUGGGAAUUCUUUUCGUACAGCCAGUGGUUCAAGUCUCCAGCAUGGCUCAUGUUACUUCCUGCCAUUCUGAGGAGCUAAUUUAGCUUCCUUCUCAACUCUAAAGUGACAGGUUGCUUCCCAGGAUCCACACAUUAUGGCUUGGUUUACUAGGCAGCUGCUAUUUGUGGUUACCACUGCCAGUCUCUCCCUCUCACUGAGGCUUGCAGACAUGCCACAAAAUCGUGGAAGAGGCAAAGUGUCCUGUUUCACUUUCUGAUGAGUUUCAAAGUAAGUUUUUCUUGCUUCUUUCCUGGCAUCUUUAGAUGUGUUGGGGAAGGAAGGAAGCAAGCUGUGAGUGUGACUUAUGGGUCUUCUGUCCUCUGAAACUCCCAAAAGUCACAUGUGCCAGUAUUUCACCUCUUCUGUGGCUUUGUGUGAAGCAAGACACACGACUUCCAUGUUCUCUGCAGUGUUAGAGGACUUGCCCUUGAGAAGCUGGAUAGAUGAUGGUUUGAUCCUGUUGCUCUGGGUACAAUCCAUGUAUAGUGGUACCUCGGGUUACAUACACUUCAGGUUACAUACGCUUCAGGUUACAGACUCUGCUAACCCAGAAAUAGUACCUUGGGUUAAGAACUUUGCUUCAGGAUGAGAACAGAAAUCGUGCUCCGGCGGCGCGGCAGCAAAGGAGGCCCCAUUAGCUAAAGUGGUGCUUCAGGUUAAGAACAGUUUCAGGUUAAGAACGGACCUCCAGAACGAAUUAAGUACUUAACCCGAGGUACCACUGUAUAAAUUAAAUUGUCGUAAGAUCAGUGUAACCUGAAAGCACCGGGCCAAAUUUCAGUUUGAGUAACUGCAAGGUGUUUGCUUUUUUAAAAAAAGAGUCCUACUAAAUCCUGCAUGGUAGAUUUAGGAGGGUUCUGUGCAGAAUGGGGAUAUUGCACCAAAGUGCUUGGACAUGACAAGGUGACCAGUUCUGCUGUUUCUAGUAGAGCUUAAUCACAGUGGGAUUCCUAGGGGUAUUAAGCAUGUUUUGAUUUGUUCCAGUAGCCGGAUCGAGCUGGGUGAUGUGACGCCACACAACAUUAAGCAGCUGAAGCGGUUAAACCAAGUCAUUUUCCCCGUCAGCUACAAUGACAAGUUCUACAAGGAUGUGUUAGAGGUUGGCGAGCUCGCCAAACUGGGUAUAGUACCUUGCUUUUUUAUUCGGAGGGUUGGUGGAUAGAGGGUUUCCCAUUGUUCUUGGUUUAUCUGCUAGAUUCAGGACAUCAUCUGUUACGUGAGGAUAGCUUUACCAGAUACCUUAAUUAUUCUGACUGUAUGAAGCCUUGCACGCCAUGCAACCUGGGCCUGCACAUACAAUGCAGAUACUGCCUUUUAUUCCGCCAUCUUCCUCAGGUAUGUACCUCUUUGGCCUGAGAUAGUUGUCCAUCCUCUUUUCCCCUUGUCUGUGCCUUUUCCUUCCCCUCCAGCUCCUCCUGUUCUAGCCAUAGAGAGCUACCAGCUUUUACCUUCCAUAGCUGCUCAGGAAAACUAGUGCCCUUGUUGGUUGUUUUAAAAGCUUCAGCAAGUGUGGGAAGCAGUGGCCCAUUUCCUCAUGAAGAUCCUUCAUGCCAAGUUGUGAGUGUUUUAGCAUCACCACUAGAUGCAUGUUGACUGCAGUAUACAGAACUGACAACUUAUGCAGCCCUAAAUUACUUUUCAUGUGUUACAUUAGAAACCCGUUUUCCCUUUAUACUACAUCAUGGCCUUUAAAAUGAAUAAUAUCAUUUUUUCUGCUCAAAUGCUUAACAUAUCUUGUCACGUGUCUCAGUGAUAUGCACAGAGAGAAACCCAUUCAUCAACUCCUCAGGUGUAAACCUUCCUCCUGCACACACAACAGGGUUUCACAGCUUUUUUUUAAGGUGGCCUUGGUCCUCCCCUUCAGCCUAUGCAUGCUUUCUCAGAAGUACGUCCCACUGAACUGAAUGGACUGGGUCCCAAAUAAGUCAUGCUUUGAGCAGACCCAUUGGAAUCUUGGUCCAUGACUAAAAUAAGCCCUGUUGAUUUCAGUGGGUCUGCUUUUAAGUGUGGAUUCAACCCAAUGAGUCCUACUCUGAGGUGGGUAUUCAUAAGACUGUAACUUUGACCUCUUGCUGCACCCCUGCAGGCGUUCAGGGACAAGCCCCAGCUUCCCUCUCUAGCUCCAGGCUUUCAGAACUGAGGAAGGGGAGUUGGAGCUAGCUGGCUGAGGCAUUCUGAGUGCCUUGACUAUCCACCAACAUUUUGGUGGCAGAAGCAAGAAGAGUGCCAUGGUCAACUCUAGCCUUCCUGUUUAGCUUGGACCUGGAGAGGGGGUUGAGGUCAUCCCCCUUAUUGCAGUCACAUACACCCUUUGAAAUUCAGCACAACUCGGUUGAUGAUCCAAGGUAGAAAGAGGUUUGUUCCCCUCUCAUUGUCCUUGCCAUAAGGUAAUGAAACACUCACUAUGGUGGGGGUGACAAGCAGAACUAUGGACCACUGUGCAUCAAGUUACGCUUGAAUGUUUUCCUAAAGUAUUGUGAGAUCUAGCUCUUACUGCAGUUGUAGAACUCUGUUUUGAUUUUAUCACUUUAGGCUGUACUUCAGGUCUGAUUGAAUUGUCCAUUAUACAUAGUAUUUCUGGCACAUAGGAUAUGAGGGGAAAGGGUUGUACCCCAGCAUUCUCUUUAAUAUGCUAGUUUUAUGCAUGCAGGAUUAUAGAUCUUAUUUUUACAAGGGACUAUUCUGUCCCCUUCAGCCUGGAGUUCUACCAGCAUAGUACAGACUUCCCUUCAGUGAGAAUUAGACCUUGUUUGACCUGAUAUUUGAUAUGUGGAGUUAAAUUGGGAUGGGAUUAUUUUUAUUGUUACAUAUUUAGUUUGAGGCGUGGAGUUAAGCAGGGAUGGGAUCACAUUUAUUGUUAUAUAUUUAAUAUAUAAUAUGAAAGUGUGUCUUGCUGUUCUAAUUAUGCAGUAUUCUUAAAUCUAUAUAUCCGAAACCCUCAGGAUAUGGUGGAUUUAAAAAACCCAAAAUAAUAUGCUUUCUUCCUCUCCCCACCCCUCUUUUUGGCAGCCUAUUUCAAUGAUAUUGCAGUGGGUGCAGUGUGCUGUAGAGUAGAUCAUUCUCAGAAUCAGAAAAGACUGUACAUCAUGACGCUUGGAUGUCUGGCCCCUUACCGAAGGUUGGGGAUAGGUAAGGCUGUUUUGUAAAUGAUGAGGUUGCUCUUGGCUAUGGAACAUGUGGCUCUAAAGUUUACAAAAUUUAGUACUUGUUUAUAAAAUAACAAACAUUGCAAGAUGCUGCAGUAUUUGAAAUUGGGAAUAACUUUCUUCCAUUUUGUCUUGCUUCCUUUGUAGGAACUAAAAUGUUGAAUCAUGUGUUAAACAUCUGUGAAAAAGAUGGCACUUUCGACAAUAUCUAUCUGUAAGUAGAAAGACAUUGCUGGCCUAGGCAGGAGGAAUUGGUUGCUUACACGUUUAGUUGGCAUGCAUGGAAAUGUUGGCACUCAAGUCUUGUGCAUAGUAUUGAAGAACAACUAAUAUAAGACUUUUGCUUUCGAGUACUAGAGUUUGCUGGGACACAGUAGGGGCACUAAUUAUAUUGACACUACAAUGCAGUGCAAAUGCUAACCACAGGAGGUACAUACAUUACAGUCAUACCUUGGUUCUCAAACGCCUUGUGACUCGAACAUUUUGGCUCCGAAAUGCCACAAACCUGGAAGUGCGUGUUGCGGUUUGCAAACAUUUUUUUGGAACCCGAAUGUCCAACGCAGCUUAUGCGGCUUCCGAUUGAGUAUAGGAAGCUUGUGCAACCAAUCGGAAGCCGCGCCUUGGUUUUCGAUUGUUUUCAGAAGUCGAGCGGAUCUGGAACGGAUUACAUUCGAGAACCAAGGUGCGACUGUACAGUCUUGAUACUUUUUUGUAAGUGAUGCCCUCUUUAUUUUAUCAGUAUUGUGUCUGGAUUGUUUAUUAUUAGUGCCCAUAUCCAUUGACCAGGGACAUGCUGAGCUCUGCAAGAGCUAAACUUAUAAAUAAACAGCAGUUAAAAAGGCUCCUAAGCAUAAUUCUUCACAUGUAAACCCAACCCUGUAAAUAUGUCCUCUAAAGUUACUAGCUGUCCCCCAAUCUGAGAUACAGCACAUGAGCAUGUAGGAUAGGACUUGCUUGAUCAUGGCACCACAGUUGUGGGAUGCCUUCUCAAAGAAGGCCCACCUGGUGCAAUUGCUGCUGUGCAUCUGCAGCGCAGAUAUAUAUAACUUUCUUGGGGGCCAGUUUGGUAGUAUUGUUAGCUUCUGGUUUAUGGGAGCUCUGCAGUACUGUAUGUUGUUUUCCUUCCCAUCCUGGACUUAACUUCCAUCAUCCCUGGGAUGGCCAUGCUAUCUGAGGCUGAUGGGAGUUUUAGUCCAAAGUACUUGGCGGACAACAGGUUAGGACAUGUGCUCUAGAGUAGCUUUUUUGUGUUAGAAUAGUAGUUGUUUGUCGCUGAAAUCAGAAAGGCAAAAGGUAGGUAGUUGUUUACAUAGGAUGGUCAUAGACAGUUGUACCUUGGAUCCCAAACACCUUGGUACUUGUACAUUUUGGCUCCCGAACGCCACAAACCCAGAAGUGAGUGUCCGGGUUUGCAAACGAACUUUGGAACCUGAACGUCCAACGGGGCUUCUGCAGCUUCUGAUUGGCUGCAGGAGCUUCCUGCAGCCAAUCAGAAGCCACAAUUUGGUUUCUGAAUGUUUUGGAAGUUGAAUGGACUUCCAGAACGGAUUCAUUUCAACUUCAAGGUACGACUGUGCUUGAUUUCUGGGCACUUGUGUUAUAAGCUGGCAUGCAAAAUUUUUCCCCCAGCCGUAGUAAAGAUGAUAGGUGAAAGUAACAUGGGAUACAGAAGUUGGAUGGUCUUUUGUUUAUUAUCACAUUUAGUAACGUCUGUUUUAAUCUCUUCUCUAUCCUUGCUUUCCCAUUUUCCCUUCCAAUCUUCAGAUAAACAGUUCAUUAGCAUAUAGAUGCAAGUUCCAGCCUUCAUAAAUGGUAAUGCUUUUCUCCCUUGGUUUCUUUUUUUACCCAGACAUGUCCAGAUUAGCAAUGAAUCUGCUAUUGACUUCUACAGAAAGUUUGGAUUUGAGAUCAUUGAGACGAAGAAGAACUACUACAAGAGGAUAGAACCAGCGGAUGCUCAUGUGCUGCAAAAAAACCUCAAAGUCCCUUGUCUCGGCCAGAACACAGAUGUGCAAAAGUCUGACAACUGAACAAAACCCAAUGAACGCUUUCUUGCACUUUCUUGUCACCAAAUAGGGAAAGAGAGGCCUGGUGUCUGUUUUUGGUUUCCCCCCUGCUCCUAAUGUGUGUUGUAUCCUCUCCAACAAAUUAAUAACUUCCCAAGGAUUGUCAAAUUGUGUGUUUGGGUUCUAUAGCUCUACUUCUUUGCAAUUUUGGGAUGGAAGUAGUAUGCGGUUCUAGCUGGGGUGGGGCCUUCAUUCGGUCUUCCAAAGGUCAGCUUUUCCUUGGUAUGUGUGUGAUCCUCCUGCAUUCCCAUUGAAGGGCAGAGUUUAAGCAAUACCUUGCAUCCAGGCUCCUAAUACCAUGCCACUUUUUUUUGUGUUUUUUUGUAAUGGAGUCUAUCGGUCUCUAGUUUUGAACUUGGUUUGGCAGUUUUGGCCUUGUUUACUAUUUGAACAUGCAUCAGUUUGGAAGCUAAUUCAGAGCAUUUGAGCUGCCAUUUCUUCAUUGUGUUUUGAGACAAAGUGGCCAGCGAGAAGAUUCAACUUGCUGAGCGGUCGGGAUGUAGGUGAGGAUUCAGAGUGGACUGUACCAUCUUCCACUCUUCUCUCAUUCGUUAUAGGUAUUGCACUAACAACAGAACUACCCUUGGCUCUGGCAACGGUGGAGGAGCCAAACAUUAAAGAUUACUAAAGAAGAUCAGUCUGUGACUCUUACUUUGAAAGAAAGAAUGAAAGAAAGAAAGAGAAGGAAGGAAGCUUUGCCUUUGAAUGGCUCUGCUGGUUUGAACUCUGUUUGCUUGCUGAGAUUAUAUGCUCCCUAAGAUAGAAGAUGAUUGAAACUGCUUCUCCCACCCCCCUCCAUUACACUUCUGAAGAUUUGGCACUCGUCUUAGAAGAAUAUUAAAAGGGGAUGCAACGGAACACCAGAUGGAAGUGGCUUAUCGGGGAGCAUUGUGAGGAUUCAGAAAAUAACUGGUUUUCUCCUGAUAUUGUAAUGUAAGAACUGUAGCCUACUUUACCAAGCUCUUUGCUUUGUAUUUUGUUACGCUUUUGUUUGCAAUUUCAUUUUGCGCUUCUAGCAAUUCAGUACAGCAACGCCAGCUUAACAUUACAACUCUCCUCUCCAUCUGGGGAAACGUACCAGGGAGGGGAGGGAACCUGCCCUAUCACCUAAAUCAAUAUUAAACUGCAUUUCUUUCCUGAUUUUGAACUUUUAACUGUAUCUUGCGCUUUUCUGCUUUGAAAAAUCUUUAUUGAGGGUGGGUGGGUGGGGGUUACAAUGUAACCUUGCUAGCAGAUGUUGUAAUUUCACUGUGAUGCUGAAUUGAGAAACAAGGGGACAUGAAGACCAGGAAAGUUCAAGCAAUUUGCAAUAUUGCGCAACCUUUAAUUGCAGAGAAGUCAGGAAACACUAUUCCUUAUCAGGCCAGCAGAAUAUCCUGACACCUAUUUGGUCCAUUAGACAUUUUGCCCAACUGCAUGCUUCUUCUUUUGAUCAGAAAAAAAACAGCAAGUUCACCCUUUCCGAAUCCUUGUACAGGAAAUAUUCUUGUACUGCUUCUCUGGCCAUAGUUUGCUAUGUUUUAUAUUGUAUUUCCUGAGGAUUUGUUUUCCUUCUGCAAAGAUGUUGAAGCACAUCUAAAUCUCAAGUGCCAACACUGUUUUCCCUGAUCAGUUGUAGAUAAGGCAAAGAAGUUCAAAGGGGAAGGUACUGCAUUAAAGAAUGUAUAUACAGCCCAUGUCAACAUCUGCUCACAACUAUCUUCUGGUGCUAAGGAAAGUGUGUCCCUUUUUUUUUUUUUGAACCGAAUGGUAGUGGAAUUGGGGGUUGGGAAGUCAAUGGCUUCUCUUGAUCUACAAAUCACUUACAGGUAGUUUUCCGCUUAGACUUUAAAAACAAAACAAAACCCAUUUAUAUAUUUUUUAAUCAACUGUCAUUCUGUGAAUGUAUUUCUCAACGUUUCUUGGGGUUUCCAUUGUGCAGUCAACCUUCCUUAGUAACUAUGUUCUACAGGAGGUAGGAGGAAAAGAAAUUGGAAAUCAAAGCUCCACUUUUCAUGACUAUCAGUCCUGCCAGUGAUUCCUUGCUUAAAAAGAAGACAGGUUUUAAUCCCUAGCUCCUUGAACUGCAUCCCCUCUGCUUGAGUGUGGCAAAGAGCAGCAGUUUGGAUGGUUCCUUUCUUUGAGUGCUGCAGAAGUUUGCCAAUUUGGAGGAAAUGUCUUGUCUUUUGAAAUAGUCAAGCAGGGGGUUGUCUAAAAUGGGUGUUUUUUAAUGCUUCGUGUGACUCGUCAGUACUUUCCAUUCUCUUGCAAAUCAGCGUAUGCACAACUGCAGUAAUUAGUUGGGAGGUUCAGUUAAAUUACCAUCAUAAGUGCUUCUCUUGUAGACGUUUACAAGGAGAAUGCGCAUAGCAUACUUUACGUAUCCUAUAGCAGGGUAAACGUAAAGGGGCUCAGCACAGUACUUUUCUCAUCAUAUAACUAUGAAACUGCUGGACUUCGUAAAUAUGUUUUUUCAGUAUUAGGUAACUGAUAUAUGCAACAAGAAUGGGAAAAAAGCACCCAGGACAGACACCCUUUACUUGGCAUGGGAGGGGGAAUAUUUUUGUAUACAUAAAAGUGGCUGGGAUUACUUGAUUCAGUUAAUGAUUGAAUAUGUCCAUUAAAGAUGACAUACUGUUACAGCUGAAAUAAAUUCUAGUUCUGUUUUCAUUAACAUUUAAUGGUUCCUUGUGAUGUCUAGUAAAUGUGAACGUAAUUAUAUAUUUUUUACCCUCUGCACAAAAUCAGUUUUAGUCUGCAGCUGCAGGGAUUGUCUAAAACCACUCCUCUCCUGCCCCAGGUAUAUUGAUUUAGGAUUUGUUUUGAAUAUGUUAAUGUUCAUCUUACGUAGCAAUGAGUUACCAUGCUGAGAACAUAUCUUGAUCUUGGAGGAAAUUUGCUGUCUACUCCUAGAUAACGGAAACUGCUUUUAUCCUUCACUUCGUGGAUAAAAGUUAUUCUUGCUUAAUUGGCAGCCUGUUGCAAUUAUGUGAGAAGGGAUGCUGUGGCAUAUAAAAAGGAGGAUGUUUUCUUUGUGCUUUGUGACAUGACUGAUUAUUGCUGGGGCAUUUCACAAAGUAGAACACCUUGUUUAAAUCUUACAUGAAUAAGCAAGGAAAACAUGUUCACAAAUUUUAGGCUGCCGCCUUUGUACAUCAGAAGCAAGUUCACCUUUCUGAAAUCCUAGGAAGCUAAAGAUAUUUUUUUUAAAAAAAACAUUCUUAAUAAAUGUGCACCACAAGUUACAUGGCCCAGGAGCUUGUGUUUUUGGCUUCCUUUCUCCCUUACCUGCCUUUCUCUGUUAAAGAUGGGAGCAUUCUCCAUUUACCACCCUCAUGCAGUAAGUGUAGGACCAGCUUGCAGACUAACUCCUCAACCCAGACAUGCCUUUUAUCUUAAGGCAGGCAGAGAAAAGCUGCAUUGACUGUCAGGCAACAGCCUGAAUUGUGUCUCACUUCUCACCCCUUCCUCUGUCCCAGCAAGAGAAAUUGCCGCUCUCCAACCCUGCAAGGUAUGUGACAUAGUAACAUGCUAGCAAGCAGAGACUCUUCUGAAGCAGGUAUAGUUGGGUCAGAGGAUUUACAGAAAGCCCAAAAUGCAGAUUCUGCUAAUAAAUAAGAAAGACUGUGCAGAAGAGACCUCACUGCACUAUCAUGGUCUCUGGGAGAAUCAGGCACCUAACUUUUAAACUGGGUGAAAAGCCUAUUGCUGUACUGUUCCUGGUGGGGGUAAUGACAGCAAAGAGACUAAUAAAGCAGCUCUUUGUAGAUAUAUAUAUGCUUGUGUAAGAAUCCACAAAAGGGGCUCAGAAAACAAAUAUCACUAGAUGUAGACAGGAUGCAAGCAUUAAAAAAAGAGGCUGGAUGAACUUCUACCAGAAGCUUAUCUACCCAAUUCGCAGGCACAAACUGUCCAUACACUGACACAAUUGUCAAAUCCUCCAUAUAACAAGGCUGUGGUGCAGCUUGACAAAUUGGAUAGUCCUCUCAAGGAGACUUCCCACCUAAGCUAGCUUUGUCCUUGCAUGCUUUGAGUGAAGAUGAGUUUAUCUGGGGAGAAGGCCAGAAACUCAUUUCCACAGACUCCAGCAAAGUAAGCUUGUAGCUCACAACUAGAUUUACAGGAGAGAGAUAGGGAGCACUCAAUAAGGUUUAGUUGGCGUACAAUAUGGAAUCCUAAAGAAUUUAGAACAAGAUUAUCUGAUUAUUCUCCUUUAUAGGCCUGCCAGGUCACAGAGGUCAUCUGAUGAGGUCCUAGUGGUGCUGCCUGCUGUCAAGAUCCUCUGGAGUGACAUGGAACAGGCAGCACCCCUUGUCCCUUAUGGAAUACCUUCUCCAGACACCAUACAUUAAUUGCUGUAUAAACACCAACUGGGAAACACUAGCCUGCGAGUGCUCCAAUUGGAGAACAGCCUUUACCAAAGGUGUCAUGGGUUCUGAAGAUGCUUGAACUCAGGACAAAGGGAAAAAAAGAGGAAGGCAUGCUUGGCAAACCCUCACCGUGAUCAACUCCCACCCGGAAACCUAUGUCCCCACUGUGGAAGGACGUGUGGAUCCAGAAUUGGCCUCCACAGUUAAAACCCAUGUUUAUGGAAGACAAUCUUACUCGGCUACGAGUGAUUACCAAAGAAGAAAAAACUAUUGCCAGUCUUAACUAUUCAAUGCACAUUAAAAACUUGCCUUCCCAAGCAUUCCUGUUUUAUUGACCUAACCUAGCCACUUGGUCACUCAUGGUUUCUAUUGGUUUUAAAUUCUGUUUUAUUGUUUGUAUUGUUUUUGUAUCUGCUGUACAGCGCUUUGAAAUGUUUAUGGUCUGAAAAAGAACAAACAAAUAAAAUCAUAGGUCCCUGCCAACAGGAUAUUCAAGGUAGGACAAGUCAAACCAGGCUUAAAACCU